AUGGAGCCGACGAUUGUGAUGUGUGUGUUGCCGGUGGCGCUAGCAGCAUUCGGGAUCUUUGUGAUGUCGAGGCGCCGUAGGAGGGAGAAAGUCAUCCGUGCUACCGUAUACCGACCCCCAUUCCAGCAAUACCCGAGUGAUCCACGGAUGGCGUCGCAACAACCGGCCGCUCUGGCUGUGCAUCCCUUUUCGGGAUGUAAAGGCUCAUCUAUGGAUCUCCACAAUGCGAACAUCGACCGCAUGGCACCAAAUGACGAACGGCUAGCCCCCGUCCAAAUACCGAUCAUCGACACCCAUCCACCACCCCAUGAACCCGUCAUCUGU